GUUAUACUGCUGCAGUGACGUGGCCAUCAAAGCAUUGACGUAUACGCGCGUAGCUCACUCCGUCUUGAGUUUAAGGCUUCAAUCAACGGUAAAGAUCGUCGUGGAAACCGCGCUCAGUGGGCAUUGUCAUUGCGUGGGCCGCUCCUGUGCUUUCGUACAUCCACUACAGUACCUACCAUUCCUUCGCCAAUGUCGAGACAGUGAACAUCAUUAGAGGAUUAAAGACUCGCUUUUUUGUUACCAACAAACAUUUGAACAGCGUAAACUUGGUGCCUUUUUUAAUUUCUUCUUAUAUAUUUUUAAAUCUUGUACCCCUGAAGGGUACCGCAAGAGGGCGUGUCUACCCACUGGGAUUGUAGGAGGAGUUUGUUGGUUGGUCUUGCUGUCUGUCUGUUGAUAGGAAUCGAUCAUCAUGACUCGGUGGGGGUUGUUGGUGGUAGUUCUCGCCGUGUUGGUCCUGGCUCUGGUCAGCGCUGCGCCCGUACAAGAUACAAAACAGGAAACAUCAGAAGAUUCGGGCCUUACAAAAGCUAAGGAUACAGUGGAGACGGGAGUAGAACCGAAGGAAAGCAAGAGUAGUGAAGAGGAGAAAUCUUCAGAAGAAACAAAAGAAGAUGCAGUGUCGAAAGAGGCGACAGAGGUUAUAGAAGGCUCAGGACUUGAUGAGACAGAUGUAAAGGAAGACACAAUCGAACCAAAUGAGGAAGUUACAAAUUACAAGGACAUCGAGACCGAUGACAACAGUGUCAUCACCAAUGACAACAAUGAGCCGUCGUACACAGGUUCUUUUGGCAACGACUUGGAAGACUACCGUCUCACCGAAGAAGACGCCAUGGAACUCUUGCGGGAACUCGCCAACCCAGCUCAGGUGGCGCUCUUCAUCAUGGAGACUGAUGACGUCACAGGCUUCCUGCGAUCAGUACAGAUGCUGCAAGAUCAGGGAUUUAUCAGCGAAGAGUACGCCUUCUUCCUAAAGGAAGCAGUAUCCCAGGAGUUGGAGCAGCUUCUUUUGAUGCAAGAUGAGGAGAUGUAUGGAGAUCCACUGGAGCUUCAGAAUCCACAGCCCAUCGAAAAUGAUUACGUUAAUGAGAUAAUGAACAGACCCAUCCCUUAUUUCCCGGAUGAUUACUUCGACAACGCCCUCCCGUACCAAGACACCGAUUUCUACCCCGAAGUUGAGAACUAUGACAUCUUUCAACAACCGUACUCGGAAGAGACAAUGGCACUUGCAGAAAUCGCCAACAUUAUUGCCGACCAAAUUGAGAAUGGAGAGAUGUCAACAGCAAGAGGAGAAAGAAUAAUUGACAUACUUUCACAGCUUCUACCCGAGGGCUUCUGGCAAGACGAUGACAUCUCAGAUGAGAUGAUGGAGGAGAUGGGAGAGGCCUUCGCCAAUCUGUACCCGGAAAUUCCGAUGGGGGAAGGGUACCAGACCUACGAGACGGAAAACGACGAGCCGCUACCGGGAGGUGAGCGACACACGGAGGAGGAUGUGGUCGUAGAUGAAGAGGGGCGUCCUGUGGCUAAGAUGGUUAACAUGCAGGAGGAGCAAGAGAUGGAGACAGGAGGUGAGGAAGCAGGAGACGAGGAACUGGAGAAGGAACUACUGGAGAUGGAACCUGACACAGCAGAUGAAGUCGAAAAGGCACUUCAAGAUGUUGAGAAGCUUGCAACGGCUGAUGAGGAAACUGAAGAAGAAAUGAACGAAGAGACUGCCAACGCUGGCUUGGAGGAUCUUGUCUUGCUGCUGGAUGAAGGUAAGAUCUCGGAUGAACUUCUUAAGGAGCUUGGUCUCACCAAGGAAGAUCUGAUGGAACUAACGGGGAGUCAGCACAACACGGACGGCGUGGAGGGAGACUCCAACAAGCCCUGAGUUACCAAGACCGAGGAUCUCAAUACAUCCAUGUUAUUUUACGUUCUAACAUUCGUAAAAACAAAAAUACGACCAAAAGAAAAAAAAACACCUUGAUUUGCUGACCGUAACUAUACAUACAAAUUUACAACUCUUAAUUUAGAAAUUAAAAAUUAUCACAAAUUAGUCGUCAAUCUAAUUUUUGUUUUAAUGCAAUCGAAGUGUAAAUACUGAGUUUGAAUAUCGGCACGUGAUUUUACGAUAAACAACCCCAUUUACACAUAAAUGUUUAGGAUUUAAGUGAUCCAGUUUAAAUGAUCGUUAGUCUAAGUUGGUCAAAGUGAAGAUAUUACUCCAUCACAAAAAUAGAUAAAACAUCAUUUUAAAGAACCUGUGAAUUAAUUGACAUUCGUAAGAUUACAUAAGUAUAUGAGUAUAAUUGUUGAUGAUGAUUUGUUUCAUUUGUGUUAUUUCAGUUGAUUGCACUAUGUGUAUAUAACUCUUAUACCGUUUCUUUUUCGUAGGUUCCACAAGCACUUGAUUAUACGUUAUGUGAAUAGGUGAAUUUUUUCCCCAUUCCUUUAAUAGCUACAUUCUUUCUUAAUGAAACAAGAAACAUAAUACUCGCGAACGUCACACCUGCUAUGUUUUAACAAUAAUUCAUGAUGAAAUAAUGCUUGUACUCAAGGUGUUACAUUUAAUAAUGUGUUCGAGGAACGAAAGAGGACUGUUUCAUACUCUCACAUUCACCUUCUUUCAAAGUAAUUGAAUACAACAUUGCCAGAAAUCUACACAUUCGUGAGAAAAUCGCACCUUGUGUAAUGAUCGUUUCAUACCUUUUUUCCUCACAAUAGUUUUAAAUCUUAUUAUUGGGUGGUUGCCGUUUGCCAUUUGAAAUAUGUAUCAGUUGGAAAUUAAGUUUAGCACAUUGUUUUAACUGGCCUUAGCCUAUGUCAUUUGAAGAAGUUUAUUUAUAUAUUUAUCGUUUAUUUGAUUAUACUUAAAUAGAGAUUUUCGGCUGUAUUUUUAUAUUUCCAUUAUCGUGCAAUGGCCGAUGCGAAAGAAUAUAGCAUUUUAAUUAAUCAGAUGAAGUAUUUGAAAGAUGCAGUUCGAUGUCAUGUAAUGAUGAAACUUCCUGAUAAAGACGGGAGAGUUGGUUGAAUUCGAAAAACCAAUCAACGUUCAUGCAGCUAAAACAAAACAAACAAAUAUUAAACAACGAAAUUGUUAAAUGCAAAGGCUUUUGUAAAUAGCGUGAGUAUUGCAACUGUACUGCUUUAGACCUUUAGACAGUUUUAAUUAUUGAUGACCAUGGAUGACGUCACUCUUGACCAUCAUUCUCUACCUAUAUGCAUGGGGAGGGGUUUGGUUUGAGUAGCAAGUUGCAGCAGAUCUGCAUGGGUCGAUCCAAUUACAUACAAUUGCUAAGAAGAAACCUGUUGGUUAGCAAAUCAGACGAGGACCAGUUACAAGCCAUAUACAUGCAAGGGCGGAUCCAGAACACAAUUUUUUUUUUGGGGGGGGGCAAACAAAAAAUGUGUCUCC